CGCCCCGCCCGGGCUGCAGGGAGGGGGCCUCUGUUCCGCACACCUGGCUGGGGGCGUGGCCUCACCUGGCUGGGGGCGGGGCUUGGCGCACCUGGGAGCCGGCCCGGCCAAGGAAGGAGGCAGAAGGCGGAAGUGUCGCUCUCACCUGGGGGGGAAAGCUGGGUGCCCCGGGCCCCUCCCCCAGGGGCUGGACCCGUGUGUGACCCCCCAGACACCCCCCCACCCUCAGGUGGGACCCAGGCGUCCGGCACAGGCCAAGCACACAGCAGGGAGGGUCAUGACCUCCCCAGAGGGGGGCGCUGCCCCCCGCCCGGCCCAGCCCCUCACGGACCUGGAUUUCCACUCGGGGGCCCGGAUCGCCGAACUCAACCAGCUGGUGCAGGAGCUGAGCAAGCGGAUGGCGCGGGACCCAGGCAUCCGGGCCACCCAGGAGCUGGUGGUUCUCAAGGACUUUGUCUUCUCUCUGCUGGAACCGCAGCUUAAAGGCAUCGUGACCAAGCUCCUCUGCAGACACGGUUUCUACCUCCGGAUGCAUCCAGACGGGAGCAUCGACGGGACAAAAGAAGACACCAACAGCUUCACUCUCUUUAACCUGAUCCCCGUGGGACUGCGCGUGGUCGCCAUCCAGGGUACCAAGUCGGGGCAGUAUAUGGCCAUGAAUGCAGAGGGCUACCUCUAUACCUCCGCUCACUUCACCGCCGAGUGCCGGUUCAAGGAGUGUGUCUUUGAGAACUACUACGUCACGUACUCCUCCACCCUGUACCGCCAGCGCGAAUCCGGCCGCUCCUGGUACCUGGGCAUCAACAAAGAAGGGCAGCCCAUGAAGGGAAACCGAGUCAAGAAGACCAAAGCCGCCGCCCAUUUCCUGCCCAAGCUAUUGGAAGUGGCCAUGUACCGCGAGCCGUCGCUCCAUAACGUGGUGGACCCCUCGGCGCCCCAGAAAUCAGACGAGGCCGGGGCCCCCAGCAAAGAGACAGCCAAGCCCCACAAGGCGACGUAA